GUGAGCGGCCCGACCUGGUAUUGCGCGUGCGCGGGGCGGGAGGUCCUGGUGCGCGGAAAAGAGGCCGGUUGCGUCAGAUCCAUGCAAACCUCAUUCCUGCUAAGGACAGAGGGACUUGGACGACUUCUGUGGGCCAGAUUUCUCCAGGGAGAGAUAGAAUGAGUAAGAGGAAGAAACUUCGGACCGCAGCACCAGCAGUUUCCUCGAUGUCUCUUAGAGCAAGAGAGCAAGAGGAGCCCCCCUUGCACGAAGCCUGUGAUCACGAGGGACACAGGAGCUGAUCCCAAACCUCCAAGUCUUCCCCAAAAAACAUGACAUGAUUAGGGGAGAACCAGGGCUGGGAUGACGAGACUGUAGAGAAGCCAAGGACACCUCUCAUCAUACCUGCCAUGCACCUCUUGCCACACCUGGCCACUUCGGGAUUCUGGCUCAGUCCUGGCACAGGUCAGGAGCCUUGAAGUCUGUGGCCAUGCCAAGGAAUCCAUCCCCCCAAACCUCCCAAGAACCCAAGGCCUGGAGACUCCAACGGGGGCUCCCGAAGUUCCAAGCUGGGCACCUUGCAGCACCCCAAUGAGUCAGAAGACAUCUCGACACCCACUACCCCUACAGAGCUCAGCGGGCAGGAGCCAGGGCCAGCUGUCUCCAGCUUCUCUGAGGAGACGGCAGCUGCCUCCCUCCUGGAGCAACUAGAAAAAGAGGCCUCCUUCUUUCCCGAUUCCCAGACCUCACUUGGGAGAUUUGUCCCUCAGUUUGCAAAACCCGGGAAAAUAGUGACAAGAAAAGCAAAGACAAUGGAAGAGGAUACCGAGAGGAGGGCUGUUAGCCUGGAAGCCCUGCCCAACCCCAGUGCCCCAUGGCAGCUGGAGGGAUCCCUGGGACCAAGAGCUCAGAUGCCAGCAGAUAACCCCCACUUGGAGCAGAGCGGCCAGAAACCCGGGACACCUGUGCCCGGAGAAGGGACAGGAUCCUGUAACUCAGAGAUGGCCAGCCAGGACCCAGUGUCAGAGCAAGGGACCAGCACAUCAGAUGGCGGGAACCUGUGGAGCAGUGGGCCUGAGAGGUCUCAGGUGCCAAAUGAUCUUGCCCCCAAAAGGAAUCAUCCCUGCAGUGGUGCUGAAGGGAUGAAGCCAGCACGAGGAGCUCCCCAGGAGGGAGGUGCCCAGAAUGGGACCCCAGAAGAAGGAGGUGGCAUCACCAACGGCCUUGUGUCCGCUCCCACCUUGGCCACACUGUGCGUGAAGACCUUCCCUACACCACAGGACCUCCCAGACCCCAGAGAGACACCCACAGGGGCAGGCAGGCAGGCAGAGUGCAGCUGUGGUGGCCCAGUAUGUGCCUGCCUGGGGAGUGCUGUCAUGGAGAACACGAGCACAGAUGCCCCUGAGACAGAACAGAGGACCCUGAGGGUGGCCGGGCCAGGUGUGCAGCCUGACACCCAGCCUCCUGCCUCUCCUGGAAAGCACACCCUGCAGGGCUGCAGGUCUCUGGCUGAGGAGACCACAGGGGACAGGGGGGAGGCAGAGCCAGAACAUGAGCCCCCCAGUGACACCCUAAGGAACCCUGAAGCCUUUUGGGCUGUGGUUCUGGGAAACCAAGAGCCUACACGAGAUGCUAAAAACCCUGGCAACCCAGUGCCAGAUGUGGGCCCAGGCGUUCAUCAGCCUGGCCCUGCUGCCCAUGUCCUGCCUUCAUUGGCACAGCUUGGAGACAGACAAGUAGCAGAGUCAGGCAGUCAGUGCCUUGAAGGAGGCUGCACUGGGCUCAGCCUGGCCCUCUGUGCCUUAUGUCCUCCGGAGCACAGGGCUGCUACCAAUGGCCCUCUCUGGGAGGCCAGGGCCCAACAGGGCAGCCUGGAAGCCCCCACAGACCCACCAGGCCCACUCCAGCACUCUCUGGACUCUUUGAGUCAGGCCGGGUGGCCAGAGUCCUUGACCAUGGAGCUUGACUUCCUGCCCGACAGCCAGCUUCGGGAUGCCCUGGAUGCCCCUGAUUUGGAAGCCCCACUUGAGCAGGAUGCUUCCACAGAGAAUGAGUCAGGCCUCUGUUGGCCUUGCCCCAGCCUCAGUGCUGGUGGGGGAAACCGAGUCCCAGUGGUGGAGGCCCAGCCAAGGAUAGAAGACGCCUCAGACACGGUGCACGGCCUCAUUGUGGAGCUGUCGAACCUGAACCGGCUGAUUAUGAGCGCCCACCGUGACCUAGAAGCCUUCAAGCGCCUUAGCUCCAGAAAGGCCCGGCCUUUGCCCUGGCCACCAAAGGGGGCUGGGGCCGUGUCCCGGGGUGAACAGCCCUGGAGGGAUCUGUAAGUCUCUCUGCCACCCUGUUCUUCUGUCUGCUCCCACCUAGUGUUUUGUUUCCAAGAUGCUCCAGGGGUUCCUAGCAACCUCCCCAUCAGCUGGAAAUUCGCCUUGCAAGGACACACAGCCCCAGGUGGGGUGGGGUCUCCUGUGGGGGGCAUGUGUAGGCAACACCCUGAAGCCCCACAGAGACAGUGAGCACUCCAUAAAGUCAGUGACUCUUGAAUCUGAGGUUUAUCUAAUUUGUUAAAGGUUAGAUUUGGAAUUUCUCUCCUGGAGGAGCACAGGGUCCUCUUUGUUGAUUGUAUCUUCCUGUCUGCCACUUUCCAUUUUAUUUCUUCCAGGAAGACCAGUAAUAAAAAGUGACACUGUCAGGA